AUGCGGAACCAAGACUUUUAUUUUACCUGCCACGUCAUCUCGAUGCACGCCGCGCUCGUCCGUGCGUCCGUCCGAGUGAACGCAUCCACCCGUCCGCUCUCACGCCUCGCGAAUCGCGCGCGAGUGGCGCUUAGGUCCGAGCCUUUCCCGGGCGCCUCCAUCGACAUCGGCAAUCGCCGAAACAUCGCCGCGGCGUCCCUUCGCGGUCGCCGGGCGCUCCUCCUCACCGCGGCGUCGUUCCUGGUCUCCCUCUCGCCGGCGCGCGCGGCGGUCGACCCAUCGUCCUCGUCCCCCAACCCCUUCGCCUCGGGCGCCGGGCCGGAUCCGUCUUCGUGCGAACCCGUCGGCAGGUCACCCGUCGCCUUCUCCCCCGUUCGCACGAAAGCCACCAUGGGUGCAGGCGACGCGCCGGGCGGCGCCGACGACACGCUCGCGGAGUAUCCGGGCACCGCGCUGACCCGCAUGGAGAACGCGGUCGCACGCGCGAGAUCCCUCACCGAGGAACAGCUCAGCGGCGACUGGGAGGACGUCCGCGGCCUGCUCCUUUGGGCCGCCGGCCUCAGGGACAUUCGAGACGCGCCCCCCGGCGAGGGCUACACCGGGCACUGCUUCAACGACUUUAACCACGUCGACGCCACGACGAUGACUCUGGACGUGUCCGACAACGAGAACCGCGGCGCGGUCCGAGGCAUCGCCUUCGGCAACAGGCUCGGACCGGGGAUUCGCGUCGCGUCCGACCCUGACUUGGGUCCGGGUGGCACUUGGUGCACGUGCGCGCAGGGCGGCGCCGCGGAACCCCCCGCGGAUGUUGCGCACCUGCAGUUCAGGAGCAAGAUCGCGUGGAAGCUGGUGUGGGUACCCACGGGUGGGUACGCCCGGUUCGUGCUCGUGGACGACGCGGGGAACGCGCUCGCGACCGGGACGCCCACCGGAUCGCUUCCGGCUCUUAACGAGAGAAAGUACAACUACGAGAUUGUCCGCGGCGGGAGGUACGCGAGAGCGGCGGAUGCGUACGCGGGCGGCGGGGCGCGAUGA